ACGCCGUUGCCGUGUCUGUGAGUGUGUGUGCGUGUGUGUGUUUAAAGUGUGUGUGUGCCGCGCAUCUUUUGGAAGCCGCUCCACGCGCAGCACUGAGCUGACAGGAUUUAAUGAGACGCGCGUGAUGAGCUCAGCUCAGCUGAUCUCUGGACUAACUGUCUCCAGGAAACACUUGUCCUCCCUCCGCUGCAGACACCGCCGCUCCGUCCUCCUCUGCCCGGCCAGCAGAGCCCGUCGCUGGGAACCUGCUAACACAGCUGCCGCUCAGUCCGUGUAGAGGGAUGGCGCUGUCCUUUCUUUUCUUCUUCUCUGCUGUGCUGCCCUCGUUCAGAGCAUCUGCCUACAACACAUCUGCCGGUUGUGCCAUCAUUCGUCCUCCCAGAGAUGGAGGGAUACGGUACAGAGGUCUGACACAAGAGCAGAUCCGCAGUGUGCAGGUGCUCCCCGUAGACUACGAGAUCGAGUACAUCUGCAGGGGCAGCAGGGUGAUCGUGGGACCAAAGGUCAGGAAGUGUUUGCCCAACGGCACCUGGACCGACCUGAGCCAGCGCAGCAGAUGCUUGUUGAUGUGUCCCCGGGUGUGGACGUCACUGGAGAACGGCCGGGUGUCCUCGUGGCCCCUGGGGCCCCCGGUGGAGGGGACGUUGCUGCAUUACAGCUGUCUGCCCGGCUUCAUCCUCAUGGGCCGAAACUCUACACAGUGCAACAAGAUGGGGAAGUGGGACACGCCCAAACCUGUGUGUCACUACGAUCGGCACUACAAAGGCAAGAAGAAGCUCUACAUCGGAGCCCUGUUCCCCAUGAGUGGAGGCUGGCCCGGAGGACAAGCCUGCAUGCCCGCCGCUCAGAUGGCUCUGGACCUGGUGAAUAAGAGGACCGACAUCCUGCCGGACUACGAGCUGGAGCUGAUCCACUAUGACAGUAUGUGUGAUCCAGGUGAGGCCACCAAGCUGCUGUACGACCUCCUGUACACGGAGCCCAUUAAGAUCGUGCUGAUGCCUGGCUGCAGCUCCGUGUCCACCCUGGUGGCUGAGGCUGCUCGGAUGUGGAACCUCAUAGUGCUGUCGUACGGCUCCAGCUCUCCGGCUCUGUCCAACCGCCAGCGUUUUCCCACCUUCUUUCGCACUCAUCCGUCUGCCACGCUGCACAACCCCACUCGAGUGCAGCUCUUCCAGAAGUGGAAAUGGACCAAGAUCGCCACCAUUCAGCAGACGACAGAAGUCUUUACAUCAACUCUGGAUGAUCUGGAGGAGAGGGUGAAGGAGGCAGGGAUUGAAAUCAGUGUUCGUCAGAGCUUCCUCACCGACCCUGCUGUGGCUGUUAAAAACCUCAAGCGCCAAGACGCCAGAAUCAUCGUCGGCCUGUUUUAUGAGACGGAGGCCAGGAAAGUCUUCUGUGAGGUGUACAAGGAGAAGCUGUACGGGAAGAAGUACGUGUGGUUCCUCAUCGGCUGGUACGCAGAUAACUGGUUUAAGAUCAAGGACCCGUCUAUUAACUGCACCGUGGAGCAGAUGACGGAGGCCGUGGAGGGUCAUGUGACCACUGAGAUCGUCAUGCUCAACCCAGAGACGGUGCGCGGCGCCUCCAACCUGACCUCUCAGGAGUUUCUGGCCCAGCUGAUGUCUAAACUCGGGGGUAAGAACCCAGAGGAGACGGGCGGCUUCCAGGAGGCCCCCCUGGCGUACGAUGCUGUAUGGGCUCUAGCCCUGGCCCUCAACAAGACCGUGGGCCCCCUGAAGGCCAAGGGUCACCGACUGGAAGAUUUCAACUACAACAACCGAGACAUCACAGCUGAGAUCUACCGAGCCCUGAACACCAGCUCAUUUGAAGGAGUUUCGGGUCAUGUUGUAUUUGAUGCUCAAGGCUCUCGAAUGGCCUGGACUCUUAUUGAACAGCUUCAAGGAGGCAGCUAUAAGAAGAUUGGAUACUACGACAGCACUAAAGGCAAUCUGUCCUGGUAUGGGAAUGACAAGUGGAUCGGAUCAGGACCGCCUGCAGACCAGACGGUGGUCAUCGAGGAGUUUCGCUACCUGUCCCAGAAGAUCUUUGUGUCUGUGUCCGUCUUUGCUGGGUUGGGAAUCCUGCUGGGGAUCGUCUGCCUCACCUUCAACAUCUACAACAGCAAUGUCAGGUACAUCCAGAACUCUCAGCCUUACCUGAACAACAUGACUGCAGUGGGCUGCAUGAUGGCGCUGGCUGCUGUCUUCCCUCUGGGCAUCGACGGCCUACAUGUCCACAGGAGGCAGUUCCCCGUCGUCUGCCAGUUCCGCCUGUGGCUGCUCGGCCUGGGUUUCAGCCUCGCCUACGGCAGCAUGUUCACAAAGAUCUGGUGGGUCCACACCGUCUUCACCAAGAAGGAUGAGAAGAAGGACAGGAGGAAGCACCUGGAGCCGUGGAAACUCUACGCCACCGUCGGCGUCCUGCUCGGCAUCGACGUCCUGUCCCUCAUGAUCUGGCAGAUCGUGGAUCCUCUACAUAUCACAGUGGAGAAAUUCACCACAGAAGCCCCCAAAGGAGACCUGGAUGUUUUGAUCCAGCCUUUACUGGAGCACUGCAGCUCAGAGAAGAUGAACACCUGGCUGGGUGUGGUGUAUGGUUAUAAAGGUUUAAUGCUGCUGCUCGGCAUCUUCCUGGCCUACGAGACCAAGUCCAUCUCCACGGAGAAGAUCAAUGACCAUCGAGCUGUGGGCAUGGCCAUCUAUAACGUCGCUGUGCUGUGUAUGAUAACAGCUCCAGUCACCAUGAUCCUGUCCUCCCAGCAGGACGCCUCCUUCGCCUUCGCCUCCUUGGCCAUCGUCUUCUCCGUCUACAUCACCCUGGUGGUUCUGUUCGUCCCUAAGAUGCGGCGUCUGAUCACACGGGGCGAGUGGCAGUCAGAUGCUCAGGAGACCAUGAAGACCGGCUCGUCCACCAACAACAACGACGAGGAGAAGUCCAGACAGCUGGAGCGAGAGAACAAGGAGCUACAGAAGAUCAUCCAGGAGAAAGAAGAGCGUGUGUCUGAGCUGAGAAACCAGCUGUCUGAGCGCCAGGCCCUGCGAUCGAGGAGGAGAGCGUCCACCGUCACCAAUCAGAACCACAGCUCCCCGUCUCGUGCCAUUACCCAGAGCGACCCCAGGUCCCUGGCCCCUCCUCCGGGGUACCCCGCCCCCAUCUCCGACCUCCACCCCGUCCCCACGUCCUUCGGCAACUCGUCCAGCCUCUACCAGCAGCAAGACAGCAAGAUCAGCCGAAAUAACUGCCACACCAGCCGGCUGCAGCUGCUGUACAAGUGAGGAGGCGGAGGGGCGAGGACGGUAAUGACGUUCAGUACUAAAGUCUGUCAGAGGGGCUGACUUCAAACUCAUUCCACCAAUCAGCAGAGGCUGGAGGAUUCCCAGUUUCCAAGCUGAUCGUUGUGUCAUUUUUCUUUUCUCUCAGAGGAAACAGAUGUACAUGCAUCUUGUUAAUCAUCUAAUCUGCCAGUUUAUCAUGUGCCAUCUAAAGUUUGAGUGACGACCGCACUCAGAAUUGACUGUUGGCAGAGCCCUGCCCCCCCCCCCUCGGCUACAGCUGCUAAGUCAUCAGCCUUUCCAUCGUAACAGUGCACAGUUUACAGUCAUGGUCAACAUGUUCAUGUCUGGAACAAAAAGACCUGACCUCUAGAUCUCAGAGGACAAAAGCAGCCUCUCAUUUUUAGCAGCUGCUAAUUUUGAAGAAAAAGACGAUAUAAUUAAUUAAUCCCUGAGAGGAAAUUUAAUUUUUCACCCUGUUGUCACACACAGGCCUGAAAUACACACACAUAUACACAACACAGUUUUAACGUGAGUGUUACAAUUACGUGUAAAGUCAAUGUAAAGACGUGAUUAGACGCAAAUUCCCACUUAGGCAGGACAAUGGACGCAACGCGAAUGACGCGAGUACCGCAAUUUAACAUCAUACGCCUGUUUGUGAGAGUUGAAAAAAUCUCAGCGUCAGCGACCAAUUUGCUCUGUGAUGGCCAGUCAGCAUUGAGAUCCUCUGGGGACGCAUGAUGCCGAGGACAUAGCAGACAAAGUUCAGUCACUGACUCAGUGAUUUUACACACGUAUGACACGAGUCAUUUGCACGUAUGAGGCAAGUCAACACAAAAUAUUCUAGCAUUCAAACUCCCACAACUAACAGGACACCAAAAUUUGCAUCGCAUUUGGCAUGAACGCAACACGCUUUAGCCACAGUCUGUUAGCACGGUAUCAUCAUCAUAGUCUCAUCGAACAGUUUGUAUGAUAUCCUGGGAAUUUGCGCCCCACGAAUGACGUUACAUCCUUAACAUUCAGCUACCUACCUAAUUACUGUGGUUAGGAUUAGAAAAAGAAACAUGGUGAGGACGUACCUUAAAAUGACUCAAAGUUCAUGUGGAUCCAAACAGGCAACUCCAGGGAAAAGUCCAUCGUAAAACACAUAGGAUAUGUACGAACUAAGGUGCAUCGCUUUUUGUAGGAAAGAUUUGUGAGAACAGCCUGACAUCAUAUGUGUAGCCCUCAAGAGCAUAUUUAUGAUGCCUUCAUUAAACAUGCGUCUUAUUUGAAAUUGAGUCAGCUGACGACUGCUUCAGGUCACUGAUGUGUGAAAUGAAGUCGUAUUGUUUGGAUGGUAAAUGUGGAAGCUGCAGUGCUGGGAUGGAAAGGCUGGCAGACGGAGCAACAGUAGCUAACGGUCAAUGGGGCUCAUGACAGAGCAUUUAUCAUAUCUGUACCUUACAGUGUUGCCUCCUAAUGUGUUUAGAUAGUGCUAUGUACUGUAUUAAGAGGCCGGACAGAAGGACAGACUUCAUGAUGAUGUCAGUUUUGUAACUAAGUAACUGGUUGUAUCCGAAACAUGAUAAGUUUUGUCACUUUAGCUCCUCUUGUUCAAUGUUUGAUGGUGGUUUUUACAUUGUUAUUAGUCUCUGUUCAAAGAGACUGCUGAGUCAUUGUACAUAGUGCUGUGUGUUCAUGCUAAACCCCUCACUGUGGAUUAACCCGGUCCUGUUGUUUCAGGGCUGAAAAGAAAAGUAAGCUGAGGACACUGCUGUCAUCUGUCAGGUAUUUACUGUGUCGAGUGUUGUGCCUGCCACGCUCAGGAGCCGAACAUGAGGUUAAAGCAUCGACUCAGACGCCUCCGUGUGUUUAACGUGAGGCUGCAGCUGCGUCUGUUUUUCUGUGGACGAGACAGAUAAAUUAAAUACGAGGGACCAGCUGUCAGCUGACGAGGCUUAAAUGUCAAACCUGAAGCUAAUUCAGGGAGAUUUUCCUGGUAAUAUUUAAGCUUUUUGAAGUUGUUCUCCAGGGGCUGAAUCAUUUUCAUGUCUCGUGGAUAAGUGUAGCUAGAUGCAUGUUGCUGCAUGUUUGAGAGAUUUGUUUCUGGCUGAGGGAACAAAGAAAACGUUGCAGUACAGACUGGUUUGAGCUGAUAUCUGUGGCAGCAGCUGUGGAAUCUGAAGUUGCUGAAUCUGAAUUUUAUACUAAGACCAUAUAUAUAUUCAGUUUGUGUUUAAUUAAUUGUAUGUUUGAAUUAUUUUCUCUGUUUCUAUACAGAUAUGGAUCGACCAGAGGGCACACGGUGCAUCUCAGAUUCAGUUAUUUUAUUUCUUCUGACAAACAAAGCAGCGCUGACUCAACCCACAGUUUUAAAACUUUGUGAACCAUCGAAACCUUUCUGACUUUUAUUUUUGGUGCCAAACAGUCACCUCAGUUUUGUCUUUUUUUGGCAAGAGAUCAUUCUGUCACGGCUGGUCCUGAAUCUGUUCAACACACUGACAACAUGACUCAAGGAGACCACAGUCAGUCUGUGAAAACAAAAUGUAGAUUCAAGUAUCAUCAGCGUAAAUAGUAAUCAGUGUUGUCUUUAAUCAACCUGGUCUCACUCUGGCCCAGGUGUGGUUCAUGAUGUCAACGACGACCCUCUGUCUUAACUCGCAUCCUGUAACAAAGAGAACAGCCAGGAAAACAGACACGUCUGGUGGAGCUGAGUGGGCGGCAUCAAGGGGAAAAGAUGCUGGACAACACGGAAAGUUUAGGCGGAGGAGGUCAGAGUAGAGCGGGUGGGACGGGUGCUGGAUUGAACCAACAACCUCCGUCUUUCACUCGGGAGGUCAGUGUACACUUUCCAUAAUAUUGUAAAGCCAAACCCUGUUCUUUUGUCCUAAACCCAACCACGUGUGUGUUGUUGACGGAAAAAAAGUCAAUUUGUGUUGUUCUACCAACAUAGUGCUUUUAUUUUGAAAGAGACUGUAUCAAACUGUACAUUUCCUGUGAAAACAGAAGUGUAUUUUGAAAACAGACAAUGCAUGUAACAGGCUGAAGUUGACACGGCGUCCCAGAACGUCAACAACCAACACACCCAGGGUACCUUGGACGCCAUAUGUGGACGUGGAAAGUCCAUGACCAAACGUGGACAUGUGACGAGGUCACAGUGAGGAUGAGUUGACUGCCGAGAAUAUUUUAUUUUGAAAGCCCUUGACUGGAUGUCGCAGUCAGGCUCCUCUUGUGUCUCGCGCUGCUGUCGGGAUGAUGAAGAUGUCUGACCUCAGUUUUGACAAAUCACCAUGUGCAUCAAAAGCCUGGAUCACUGUGAAAGGACAAAAACAGUUCAUAGGUUUCUGUUUUUCGACUUCGACAUGAUCAGUGAUCAUGUAUUUUCCAGCCACUGAUGUACUCAGUCCGUGCAUCUGUCCAUGACCGAACGCCGAUACGUGACAAGGUCGGAGUGAGAAUGUGUUGCAUUAAUCCAACACAUUCUCACUGUGACCUCGUCACAUGUUGCCGCUUGGUCAGUAGACUUUCAUGUCCACAUACAAGAUGCAAGGUACCCUGGGUGUGUUGGUUGUUGACGUUCUGGGACACCGUGUCAACUUCAGCCUGUUACAUGCAUUGUCUGUUUUCAAAAUACACUUCUGUUUUCACAGGAAAUGUACAGUUUCUGCCUGUGGGAUGUGCACAGACUUUUUCAAAUUAACUUCUGUGGAAGACUGUAGUUAGGUUUAGAAUGAAACAUCAUGGUUUGGCUGUACAUUGAUACAGGGAGCGAACACUGGCCUCCUGGGUGAAAAUCUGGCGUUGUUGGACCCAACCACCACCGCUCCCACCUGCCCUUUAGGGACCUUCCAGAACCUCAUUGUCGUCCAGCGACAUUUCAAACUGACACCGUGCGGUGGCGUUAUUAACUGACACGGCCCAACAACGCAACAUACCACCACAAGAGGACGCCUGUGUUUCGACAGUGUCCAGGGUUCCUACGCAAGUAUGGAAAGUAUGGAAAAGUAUGGAACUAAAUCUGAUCAAUUUCCAGGUAUUAAAAAGUAUGGGAAAUGAAAAAUAAAGAAUGGAAAAAUAUUUAUGUUUCCAGACUGUUACCACUGUUCUAAAAUACUGUUUUCUAAGAUAGAAAAUUAGGUAUUUCCAAAAAUAAUUUAAUCAAUCCGGAUCGUGUUUUAUGCCGGGCCAAGCUCAGUUUGUGUGAGAGCAAACGUCUCAGAAAACAUACCGCCCCUUUUACCUGAUUGACAAGUGGUAUGUCCAGUCCGCUGCCCCGUGACCCUCCUCCAGCCCCCCAGGUAUCACGUUUCACUCCAAAACUGCACCUUCGACAAGAAGACGAGUUUCACGUGGUUCACAAUGGGUAGAUGCAAGUUUUUGGAUGGAUGGCUUGACAAUACUGUAUAUAAAUACUGGUUGGCCAAGGAUUGCCAAUUCACACACAGAGUUAGAUGCAAGCUUUGUGUGAAAUUGUUUGACAUCGCCAACAUGAGGGAGAAACGAUUCAGAGCCACAUGAAAGGAAAAACACCGACGUCUCGUUACUGCAUCGCUUGCACCCAGAGUCCCAACCUUUUUGCCUCAGCCCAGACAUUGAGUUUUUAUUUGCAUACCAUUAUGGUACUUGGCUACAGUCGCCUAUUAAGAAUAAUUAAAUAUGAUGUGAAAUAUGAUACACUGAUAUAUUUACUCAGAUGUCGCAUAUUCUCUGAAAAAAAAAACAAAACAAAAAUGCAGAGAAGUCUGGAAAUUAGGGUAUGGAAAAGUAUGGAAUUUUGAAAUUCCAAAUGUGUAGGAACACUGAGUGUCUGACGUAGACAUCAGUGACCAAGCUGUGGUAUUUGAUGACUGCACAAUGAGAACAGGAUGGUUAAUCACAUCUGGCCUGACAGAAGCAUGUUUAGAAAAAAAGGAAAACUAAGCAGUAAAUCCAACAGAAAUUCAAAUACAAGCAGCACCAGAGUUUGGACUAACACUGCACAUGACACUGAUUUCUGUUUAUCUCGUCUGACUUGCUCUCUUGCUAAAAGUGUCAGAUGAAACUCCCCCAGGUUUGGUUAAUGACGGAGGCCAUCACACUGCCUCAAGUUCAGUUUGCAACAAUAGCUCACACAUUUCUUCCACAGCUAUAAACAAACACAGAGUUUCUGGUUUUGAAAAUAAAACUGACAGACUGGUAUCAGAUUUCCCCCGUAUUAUCCGCCGCAGCAUUUCACUUCCCAUUGUGUUCACUCUUCUGCUUUUUUUGGUCUCACUUCCAAAUAUAGCUUUUUGUGGGGAUUUUGUAGACAAACAGGAAGAAACUGUUUCAAUGAAAGGGUUUUUCAUGCUGAAAGCAAAAUUGCAACAUGUGCUUGUCUGUCGAGAGAAUAACAGGGAUAGCAACAUGGGGCUUUUGGUUUCUCAUUCCCUCUUUACAUGUGAGUUUUUUGAAACAUGCUAAAAAUAGGCAGUAAACUCCUUUCCCACAGCCAGCGGAUUGUGUAGUUACCAUGCAGCAGACGAGCAUGCUUUCUGUUCUCUAAUUGGUCAGCGUCACAUAUCCCCUGAAAAACAGGUUAGUGAACAGUAAAGGUUCCUUUUCGUCUGUUACUCAUUGAGCCUCUCUGUCAAACUUGGUUUCUGCCUACUUUUGAAGUGCUCCCAAACACUACGUGGAUGGAGACGGACAGUAUUUUGUGAUCCUGCAUCAUUGCAAUGGACUACUGCAGAGUCACCUGUCCUGGGAAUGAAUGCCAAUUGUAACCUUUCCCAUUUAAAACAAAAGCAAGACGUUAGUUUGGGACUGUCAGCUUUAGGUUACUAUCGGGAAACAUGGGGUGGCUUUUAUCGAGUGACCAAAGUCUUUAUUAAAACAACGUCUUUCAUAAAACAACAUGGGUUUGUUUGGCUCACUGCGACCUCAUCACAUGUCCACGUUUGGUCAUGGACUUUCCAUGUCCACAUAUGACGUCCAGGGUACCCUGGGUGUGUUGGUUGUUGACGUUCUGGGACGCCGUGUCAACGGUAGGUUUAGGAAAAAUAACAGAGUUUGGCUUUACAAUCUUACGGGACGUGAAGUCAGUGUUUGUUGCACCCAUCCACCACCCCUCCUGCCUGCCCUACUCUGACUUUGGCUGCCUUAACUUUCAUCCUUGUCCCAUUGUAUUUCCCCCCUGACGCCACCGUUAAAACUAUAACUGCGACCAGCUGUGUAUCACACCAACGUUAAACUAUGGCUUUUUUCAUCAGAAGUCAGUGACCAAGCGCCAGAUUUCGAUGACUUCAGAGUGAGACCAGGUUGGCUGAACAAAUGUUCGCUACAGUAAUGAAUCACACUUCUUGUUAGCAAGAUAACCACAGGUGUCAACGAAGAAACAAGGACUUAAAUCUUACGCCCGGGCCACACUGCCUACCUCUUUCUGUGCGUGACGGCUACCUAGCUGACAGUGUUUAUAUAGACAGUGUUACUGCUGCCUGCCAACUAUAUCAUUCUGUACUGAGUCUCCGUUUGAUAAUUGCCAUCAGUGUUUUACAAUAAAGGAGCUGAAGAGGUUGUGUCCACAGAAACGCCAAAGGGCUUCAGAUUUGAAACAGAAACAGGAAGUAGUUAAAAUUAAUUAUAUGUAUCUGUGAGAUAAUGUACAGAUGUAGACAUUGAUACUGUAGUGAAAUGUUGCUGGUGUGAUGUCAGUGUUGCCCUCAACACAUCAUUUUCACUGUCUGUUUUUGCUCCAAACAGCACGCGUCACAGAAAAAAACAAUAGGCAAAACUCUGGAUCUGUAGAUGAGUGGCAGCAAUGCCGCGAUUGUGUACCUGUUGAUAUGUGCCCUGUGGCUGUUCUAACCUGUUGCCCUGGGUGAAAAAAUAAAAAGCAAGAGGUUCUUCGAUGCACACUUGCUCACGCAGGCAGCGUGGCCCUGGUGUUAAAGGGAUACAGCCCCGAUUUUCAACCAGUUCUCAGUCACUGCAGUGUGUACAGUGUGUGCCCAGCCGUGUCAUUAUUAUCCAAAUGGAGUUUGCUUCAGUUUUCAUGGAGACCUUGACGUAUGAUUUUGGCCAAACUUCAGGUUCCUUGGUGAAGAAUGAAUUUUCAUGCUCAGUUUCCAUGUAAUGCAGAACCUGUCUCUCUUUGUGACGCCUCUUUAUUUUUAUUGAGGGUCCAGAAGUACAUUUUCACUGUCUUCAACCCUCAUGACUAAUGUAAGGCUUGAUCUCUACCUGAGGUACAGAGUUUGUCUUGACUUCCACUUUAGUCUCAUGUUCUCUCGGUGUGGUAGCACAGCUUGUGUCAUUAGUAUGGGUUGUCGUGAGCACUUGAGGCGCAGGUGUAUAAACCAUGACAACACUGCACGGUACUCCUGCUACAUUCCUGCAAAGCGACCAUGUGUAAAUAUCUUCUGUAUGUGUGUCUGUGACGAUGUGUUUUAACUGUAGAGUCUGUAAAGCAGUGAAGAUGUAAGUGAUGUCGAUACACAUGACAAUAUGCACACUGACUGUAAAUAACGAUGAUGUAAAUAAGGAUGACAUUUGACUUUGCAUAUACGAGCUGGAUUUCAUGUGGUACAGUAUUAAAAUAUAUUUCUAUAUGCUGUAAUAUCUGAUAUCAGAUUAUUUGAAAUGCAAAAAUGAAAAUAAAACUAGUUGUUUUUCCCAAACUGUCGUCUCUGU